AUGGUCGAGGAGAUGCUCAUUGCUCGGGUUCACGUACAUGUCAAGGUCCUACAAGUGCGUGGCGCUCAAUACAAAUAUCGCGGCCACGUUGUCCACUUUCUUCGCAACGUUGGUAGGCUAUUUGAAGAGCUCCCGGUGCUACCGGAGGAGCUAGAUAUCGUGCUACUACGGCCUCCUAAUAUGGAAGGCGACCCUCGCUUCCAGCAACAGUUUGCUCGCGAUUUCCGGGUACGCCGUUCAUGCCUAUUGACCAGGCUGCAUUACCUACAGUCCCACCACCCGGGCUAUCGCGAUAUUGUCGUGAGCCAGGAUCGCCUGCAACGGCUUCCUCUUGAUGGCAGCAUAGCUGGUUCCAUUGCAAGCCAAGUGGCUGACACACCUGACGGCGAGGUCCCCCAAGGCCCUGUUGAGGAGGCUGUGGAUGAGGAUCCUAGCGAUGCCGACGCAUCAGCGAUAUCGAAUUUGCAGGCUACCGAUACCGAAUUGAACGCUUUGCAGUCCAGAUCUCUCAACGGUACCCUUGACCCUGAACGUGUGACUGAUCUGGAGUACAUGCCGCGUAGCGCGCAGGCUCACCACCAGAUGCCAUUGCCUUCCAUUCGCAGGACCCCUAUCAACGAGUUCAACCGUUCCCAGCCGCUGUUAACGCUCGCGUCCCCCCCCCUCUCCCCUGACGGCAAGGCCGACUUCGUGGAGCCUCGCUUACGGAGCAUCACGUACCAGGACUCCCUUGGCCAUGCGAUGAGAUGGCGUGAUGGACGUUUUGCCCGCCAUAAGGCGUGGCCUUUCGUUGUCCUCAACACGCUGUUGCGUGCGUUGUCGCCCAGGGUGGCCAGACAGUUCACGGCUGCGGUUGCGCCUGCUAUGGACUAUGCCUCCACUGUUUGGGCUCAUGCAUGCGGAAUAAGGGAAGGUUACUGGCUGAACCGAGCACAGAUGGUAGGGGCGUAUUUUGAUGAAAUACAUGACAUCCUGUCCCUACAGCAGUAG